AUGAACGCCGCCAUGCAGCCCAACUACCGUGGCUAUCCUCCUCAGGCCACUUACCAUCGUUCUCCUACUACUCCACGUCGAGGUGUUCCCAUCCACGGGCCGAUGAUGCCAGUUCCCCUCGCACAGCAUCCUGUUCCAAACCCGCACCUCAGCCAGCGAAAUGUCCCCAACCCUAUUGAUACCGCCUUGCGGCGGAGCAGGAGGCCAACGGACAAGAAUCUUCCCGAUGGCGUCGAGGAGGCUGUCAUCGGCGAAGGCGUCACCCAAUACAAGAUGAUGAGAGAUGUCGAAAAACGUUUGGAUGCGGUUAUGAUGAGGAAGAGGUUGGAUAUACAGGAUUCCGUUACUAGAUCUGUGAAAAGGUUCCGAACUUUGCGAAUCUGGAUUUCGAAUACUGUGGAAAACCAGCCGUGGCAACGAGAAUCAGGGCAAACUAGUAGUGGUGCACCCACUGCUGGACGGUACAAGGUCAAAAUUGAAGGAAAACUGCUAGAUGAUGAACUUGAUGCUGCUGAAUCAGAUGAAAGUGACAGCGGGGACGAAGAAACUAAGACAAACGGCAAGAAUGACCCCGAUGUGAUGGAGGAAAACUUAUCAGAGAAGCAGAAAAAUAAGCCCAAUAACCAUGCACACCCACAACGGAAACGCCUGUCGCAUUUCUUCAAGUCGAUAACGAUAGAAUUUGACAAGCCGUCAUCUCCUUGUGUUGCAGAUAUGGCCACUAUCAAUUGGAACAAACCUACCAUACCGCCUAGUUCCAUAUCACUUCCACUCAGUGCGGACUUUGACUCUCUCGAAUUUUCCCGCGUUGCUGAAGUUAACCUGAAUGCCACGAUCAAGCUCGUACGAGAUGAGAACCCCGAACGCUACAAAUUGAGCAAGGAGCUAGCGUCACUCUUGGAUACUGAUGAGGAAGCACGUGGUGGUAUCGUUGUUGGCAUAUGGGAGUAUAUAAAAGCUAUGGGGCUUCAAGAAAAUGAUGAGAAACGCGCAAUACGAUGUGACGAUCGAUUGCAAGCUCUCUUCAACCGAGAGAAGAUGUUCUUCCCUGCCAUCCCGGACAGCGUCAGCGCACACACCUCCCCCCUAGACCCCAUCAAACUCUCCUACACAAUCCGCGUCGACCCCGAAUUCCACAGCAACCCAACACCAACCGUCUACGACAUCCGCGUCGCAGUGGACGAUCCCCUCCGUGCCAAAAUGCUUGCAAUAACCACAACACCAGAAUACCCCAACAUGCUCCGCCAAGUCGCCAAUCUCGACGACCAGCUCGCCCUCAUCAUUCAGGCAAUCACGCAUUCCAAAGCCAGACACGCCUUUUUCCAAUCACUCAGCGAGGACCCGGCCAACUUCAUCAAGCGCUGGGUUAGUAGUCAGAAGCGUGAUUUGGAGGUUAUUCUGGGUGAAGCAACCCGUGGGGGCGGGGAGGAUGGGAGUGGACCGGAGUUUAGACGGGGUGGAACGAAUAGUGCGUGGGAUACGCCUGUUGCUGCAGAGGCGGUGAGGUAUAUGCUUGCAAAGCCAGGUCGGUAG